AGUUACAUUUUUAUUUAUAUCUUUGACCUAGCUUUACCAGUCUGUUUCCUGCAUGCUGUGAUGGUGUAAAGCUGCACUGUGUAAUGUGUACAUAUGACUCAAGAAACAGGAAGUUCAAAAUUGAGUAGAUCAGUGAUAGAAAUAUACUACUGAGAAGAAAAUAAAUAAAUAUUUUGAAGAUGAUUUUAAUGACUAGCUGUUGGAAUUGAACCACUUAUGAGAACGUCUGCACUAAAGUUAUGGAUAAUUCUCUUCUGUGUAAUAAAACCUACAGAAUUAUCAGACGUUGAUACCAAAAUUACUUAUGCUGAAUUCGGUACGGGAUUGAAUCUGAGCUGCAACUGUCUUUCUAUUAAUGCCAGGAAUCAAAAGAAGAGAUGGUAUGAUGACAAUGGGUUAAUUGAAGAUGCGGAUGAUGACUGGGGUCCAAAAUUAUUUAAUGGACGUGAAAUACUUAAAGUGCAAAGUGUCAGAAACCUGAAUAAGAAUAUAACAUACGAGUGCAGAGCUGUUGGACAAAACGGAUCCAAAGAAGUCUGUCAAAAAUAUAUUGUACAAGCUUUUAAAUGCAGACCAAACAAAGAAUCAAUUGAACCUGAAAACAGGACAAACCUGGAGAUUGGCAACUCAGCUUGGUUCACCUGUAAACAGUACUUUGCUUGUGACAGAGUGAAUGAGUUUAAAUCAGUCUCCAUGAGAACUGAAGCAAAGAACAGCAAAGUAAUACCAUGUUCUGUCAGUGACCAUGGAUUGACCCAUGAAUGCAAAUUGCAGGUUCUGAAUAUAACAGAAGAAGAUUUUGAUAAAGCUGUUCAGUGUGUGGUGAAUGACAGUGGAAUCAUCUCUGUAUAUGAAGCAUAUCUAUUUAAAAAGGAGAAGAUUUGUAUCAAUUCUUGGGAGCAACCUAAGAUAAUCAUACCAGCCUCAUUAGGUGUACUCUUGUGUGUAUUAAUACCGGUAGCCCUCCUCUGGAAGUGUUUUUUCCUCAAUCAAAAAUACAAAAGCAAAUACAAAUUCUUAUCUCCUCUGGAUUGCUUUAAUUCAGACUAUAAGAAAACCCCCCAAAUCCUGGUGUACAGUGUUCUAGAAGAGGAGAAUCUACUGUCAACAAGGCUGUCUUCUCUGAAUGAUCUACUGCAGGAUUUUGAAUAUAAAACAUUUGAUAAAGAUAUCAAAGAGGGAGAAAAUAUAAUAAGGGCAUUUAGUGAUUUGGCCAAUGAGAGCUUGGCGUUAAUCAUUGUGGUUGAAGUGUGUCUCUUGAAAAAUGAUGAAGAAUAUAAAAACAAAUUUUCCAAUCUUCUGAAGUCUGAUGCAGCGAGAGGAAAAUGCAGAAUACGGCCUUAUUACAUCUCAGUUUUAUAUAACCAUGAAAACUGUUGUGAAAUUCAGAGCAGCAUUAAGGAAUGUUAUAAAAAGACAGGCUUAGAAAAAAAAUUUGUUGGUUUUAACCUUAAGGGCAACCAAACUGAUGUGGAGAAAGUGAUUACGGAAAAACUGAAAAAACGUCUACCUCUCAAUCCAGCCUCUGAAUCAAGGCACACAUAUAAUUCAAAAUUAACAACGAAUGGAAAUUAUAAAAGUUGUGCUUCGACAGACUGUUCUGUGAAUAUGGUGUCAAAUUCUUAUCCAGAUUAUUCAAGAAUGGAAAGCUAUAUGAGCAGUAACAGUGAAACACCCCUUUUCAUUUGAAAACAACCUGAUCGAAUAUCAUUUGAAGAUUGUUCAACCAUACGAAUGCUCUUUAGCCUUUUAUAUUGUGUGUAAUAUAUUUUUUUAUUUUUGGACUAAGAGAAUAGAUCCUGGGAAAAGAAUGGAGGCAUACAAGGUGAGAAAAAUCCCCCGCUCUGAGAAAAGACAUUUCUCAAUUCUACAAGUUAGAUUUUUCAAUAUUAUAUUGUUUAUAUCAUCUUUUACACAUUUAAUUUUGUAUUUCAUUGUUUUAAUAUUUUAUUAAUAAUUUAUUUUUCACUCAUGUUUUUAAAAUAUGUGAAAACAAAAAAGAAAAAGCUUCAUGUAUGAUUCGAACUCUCUCCAAAGCGCAGGGUUUAGUCCAAGACCGACCGCUUUAACCACUACGCUACGAAGUAUAUACAUUAUCGACAUCUGUCAGUGUGAUUUAAAUGAACGGAUUUGUUGAAACGUAAAUUUUUUCAGAAAUUUUCAAUUUUCAUAUAGAAUGGGUUCAGAUUCCAUUUUUUGGACAAAUGAAAUAGAUUUAACAUUUACAUUUCCAUCAUUUAACCAUUAACGAAGAAUGGAGACUUGACCCAUUCAUGUUCAAAAUUCAUUUUUUCUAGCUAUAGUUAAGCCAUUUUCCACUAAUUAUGCUUAACUGUCAAGUUUGAAAUAAAGAUUUUCAAAUAAUAAGUCUUCAGUAAAAUAAAAUGAUAAAAUGUUUUGAAGAUGACAUUACUUGGAACAUGAUCUUAGAAAAAUUUAACUUUUCUGUGAAUAUUGAAAAUUGAGAAACAUUUUGUCCCAGAGCGGGGGAUUGUUCACGCCUUAUACGCCCUCUUUCCUUAUGUCUAAAUUAGAUCAAGGUUACAACUCUUGCAAAAUACCAGUAAUACUGUAUACAGGGUUAUUUUUGCCCCGUGUUAUUUUCGCCCUUUCACAUCUGAAAACAAGUUUGCCCCGUUUUAAAUUCGCCCAAAAAGAUUUUUGUUUAAGAUAUUAUGCAGUUUACUUUGAAUUCGCCCCGUUUUAAAUUCGCCCACGCCAGAGUAGGGCGAAAGGGGUGAAAAUUAAACUGGGGCAAAAAUUUCCCUGUAUACAGUACAGUGGACCCUCAGAUAUCCGGACGCCAGAUAUCUGGAUGCUUCAUUAUCCUGACGAUUUUUCAUGGGAACAGAAUUUUCCUAUGCUAUUGUAUCUUGUUUAAAUGGUAAUUCAGAUAUCCAGAUGCUUCACAUAUCCAGACAAAUUGACUAGGAACCAAAGCGUACGGAUAAAUGAGGCUCCACUGUAUAUGUAUAUGACCUAAAUCAUGCAUAUACAGUUCUAAAUAUUAGAGGCAUAUACCUGCAUUUGCUACUGAUGUUGAAUUGAAUGUUAUUUUUAUGGUUGUGCAAUUAUGAAUUUUGUAAUUUAUUUAAAAUCUGUCAUCUCUUAAAAUGAUUUACAAGUUUUUAAGGAACUACAAAAGAGUAAAAAAAAUUAUAAAUUUUAAAAAGAAUCCUCUUAAAGAAACAUAUAUAGCUAUACAUGUAUUUUAAUUUUUUUUUAGGAAUUUGUAAUAAAACCCAUUAAUUUCACAGAAGCCUUUGUGGGAGUGUGCAAUAAACAAUAACUCUGGAUAGAGGAGGUUAAUAUGCAAAUCAGAUUUCAGUUUUUAACAUGUUUAAGGGUUUUACUGUAAACCAGCUAUUAUUUGCAUAAUUGUUAAUUCAUUUACAUGUAGCCUUUGUCAUACAAUGUGAUCUUCAAACUUUACACACAGGUCAUUAGAGAUGACUUUUGCCGUAAUUUCUGACUUUCAAGCAUAUGCAAACUUAUCUGUAUUUUAAACUAUGACCAUUUCAGUUGACUUUAGCCUUGACAUUGUCUCAUUAUAGAUUUAAAUUUAUGAGGUUGCUCUCCAAUUUCAAGUCAGAAAGGAUGAUAUGUUUUCAAGUAUUUUGAGAGGCUGAUGAUCCUUUGACAGGGAAAUUGGGAAAUCAUAAUGUUGAAAAUCUUUGUUUUUAAUAAUUUUUUGUAUAUAAUCAUUCUGCAAUUUCUCUUUGACAGAUUAGGAGACAGUAUAUUGAAAAUUAAGGACCUCAGGUAAACAGGGUACAUGGAGUUUUAAAUUCUUGGGUAUUCAGAGUUAUCUGCCCAAAGACAUAUUAAAUAAAUUGAAUCUAAAGUGUAUGUGUUACUCAAUUUGUCUUUCCUAACAUUUUAUUAGACCAAGAAAUUUUUUUGAAUAUUUUUUGUAAAUGUCAUCUAAAUUUAAGCAGCAGUGAUUUCUGUUCAAGAAUUCAUUUUGGCACUGAACAUUUCCUGAGGUAUAUAAAUAUAUGGUACUUAGAUUAUGAAGUAGAUAAUAUUGUGAAAUACAUUGCCUUAGUAUUCAAACUUAUCCUUGAUAUUACCCACUUUCUCAAUGUCCAAAAAAGAACUCCCCCAAUAUUAGUGUAAGGACAUAUGCAAGGUACCUUACCUACUGAUAAUUUUUCAAGAUAUUCUAAAUUUAAACUUGUAAUGCCAUUACAUGUUCCUAGACAAAAAGUCAGCAUGCGUUACCAGGGGUUUUGAAAAAAUAUAAAUUGUGAAAAAUUUUGCAUUAUUCAAAGAAAAAUGUACAAAAAUUUCAAAACAUAAAUUACAGAUUUUUUUUUUCAUCAAAAAUUGUUUUAGAAGAGGUGUACAAAUACAUAUAUAGACAUUAAAAGUAUUGCCACAGGUCCUUCAUUUAGUGAAAUUCUUCAACUCCAGGGAAGAAUCCAAUAAAGUUCAAACUACGUUACUUAUGACCUUAAUGAUAACUUUCACUUUAACAUUUGAUCAGGUCCAUGCUUUCCCCCAACUUUUUAUUAUGAAUAGGUUAUAACAUGGUUAUUAAUGAAAUUUUAAGCAGUGUGAUCUUGUCUAUUUUAAAGGGUGAUUUGUCAAAUAAAAAUUCAAUUUACAUGUGGUUCAUAUAUUAUUUGGAUAAAGUACAGUGUCUUCUCAUUUUUUAUUCAAUCUGAAUAAUUUAAUUUGAUUAAAAGUGUACAGUAAGACAUACAUGUAGAAUUCAUGUAUCUUGCUUGAAUGUAUUGCAGUACGUAGUCUGUUUGUAACUAGCUUGUUAAGCAAUAUGUAUUGUAUUGGUCAGUUUAUUAAAUAAGUCCACAACAU